AUGCGGUUUCCGGACGACGAAGGUUUCACGCACCUCCGCGCGGACCGGUUAGGGCGAGCUGUAAUCUUCGUAGCCGCGUUGAGACAAGGAGAGAAACCCCUGCCUCUAGCUCUCGUGCGAGACUUUAGUCCUAGCAAGGACUGCCUCUGCCAGCGCCCAGACUGCUUCCUAGCUAUUUUCGCCAAGAAAGAAAGGAAGGCAGAGUUUCGCCAAUGCAGUAAAUGCAAGUACCGGAAAUCGGACAGGAGCCGCGUAAGGUGGUAUCCCAUGGAUGCUGCAGGAGAUCAUGUCGCGGAGGGUACUGCGAUAGUGAGUGAUGGUGAUUGGUGGUGCGGCUGUUGCUACCACAGUCGGUUGAACGGCAUGAAGAGAGACGACAAACCGACAGAGCAACCAGCGAACAGGUCAUGUGGAUCGGAGGACGAGGCACCGACGCUUGUAGAGCCUUUGAGCACGGUGCGCAGGAUGGUGGAUGACGUCCUCGGUCGAGGUGAGAUCCUUUGCUGGCAGGACGUCGCCGGUUGGCUAGCUGCUGAACGCGCGAAGGUUGGCAUGGAGGAGAUAACGAGGAAGUACGCACGACAACUCGUCCUGAACUUGUUUACCGGGAUGGACGCAGACCCCGGGAGCAAAUCACGAUUGGUCCGAGCCGACGGAGCCCAAGGAGACGCACGCGAGCGGGAACUCUUCCUCGUCCCAAACACCCUUGGGGACAAGCAUCUCGUUGACUUGAUGCUGCGUGCUCGACGUAGUGCACCCGCACAGCCACCAUCCAACCAGCUAGCUGAUAAGGGUGGGUCUCUCGAGUCGAUUCUGAAGGAAGUCGAGAAGGACACGGAGGACGCAGACGCACGGAUGUCCGUCGUGCGGGCAGCUGGUAGAAUUGUUCGAGCCGACGUGGAGAGUGACCCUGCCCUGAAGAACACCACCGGCACACGCGAGAAGUAUCGCUACGCCGAUGAGUUGGACAUGAAAGUGAAGCCACCCAGAGAGACUCUACUAUCCACGUUUCCGCCGUCCUUGGUUGGGUUGUACCAAAGCAUGACGGACAUGGCACUGUAUCGCGAGAUCAUCGCAUCAGAGACCGAACAUCCUGGAGAGCCCUGGGUAUGGCAGACCGAAGGGCGAGACGGACGGCAUCCUACCACCUCGGGCGACUUAGAGGGCGAGAACGGUGAUGGAGAAAAGAAGAACGAGGCCAGGCAUAUCAACAGCCUCAACCGUGACAGGCGAUCCACGCAUCGUAGGCUUCUGGUGAUGUGUACGGUCGUGGUGACGGCAAUUUUGCGUGGUAGGUACAUGGGUUCGCACGACAUCAAAGGGGCUCAGUGGGCAAAGUCUAAGGGUACGUGUCGCGAGGUGACCAACUUUGUAGCGGAGCACGGUUUGUGGGCGACGACGUCGCAAAUUCAGCACCGAGAAGAUUACCACGCGAGGUUCGUAGAGGACAAGGACCUUCUGAGCCAAGACGCCGAGUGCGCCGCCAUUCCCCUGGACAACUGUGAUUUUGACCCAAGGGUCGGAGUUGGCCAGGGGGAGGGGCCUCAUCUUCCCUUCAUCGCUGCGACGGCUUUAACGGUAGGGCCCGACGUAGGUCGAAUGGACGACUGGUGGUUGGUAAAGGGUCGGGGAUCUCUUACGGUAGAGGACGUCCUUAUGGGGCCGGAGCGGGACCGGGGGGACGGAGCGCGGCGUUAUAACGAGUUUUCGGCCGACCUCUACCGCGGCGUAUUCGCUGAGGCACGGAACAACUCCGACAGGGCUGCGGCAGACACAUGCUUCGAGUGUGAACUCCGCAAGUCGCGCCCUCCACACUGUUCCUGUGGAUGA